AUGGCGGGAAAUCUGUCGCCGGUCAACGAGAUGCAGGACUCGAUCAGCAGCAGCACACCGAGCGAGAUCGUGUACGGUGGGAGCGGCUCGCCGGAUGAGCAUCGAACAAUGUCUGACAAAGUCCAAACGAUGGCCUCGGCGAUUUAUCGCGAACUCGAGAUGAUGAUCAAAGAAUAUGGAGAACAGGGUGUCAAGACCCUCAUGCCGCUUGUGGUAAACGUUCUCGAGUCAUUGGACCUUGCAUAUCUUGAGCGAGACGAACAAGUUGCUGAGCUUGAGAUGCUCAAAGAAGACAAUGAGCAACUCCAGACGCAAUAUGAGCGCGAGAAGCAGUUGAGGAAACAGACUGAACAGAAAUAUAUUGAAAUUGAAGACAGUUUAGUCGCUCAAAACAAGGAAUUAGAUAAGAAAAUCGAAUCGCUCGAAUCGAUUAUGAGAAUGCUUGAAUUGAAAGCGAAAAACGCAACCGAUCAUGCGGCGAGAUUAGAAGAACGUGAAGCUGAACAAAAGCUUGAGUUCGAUAGAUUGCAUGAAAGAUAUAACACUCUUCUCCGAACACAUGUGGACCAUAUGGAGAGAACUAAAUAUUUGAUGGGAACAGAAAAGUUCGAAUUGAUGCAGAAUAUGCCGCUGCCGAAUCUACAGUUGCGUAACAAAAUGGGAAUGACGGCUUCUGUUGAUGCUUCGACUAUUCGCGGAGUGUCCGAUUUGAUAUCUGCGCAUAUGACACAAUCAACGACGAUGGAUGUGAAUCUGGCUGAUCACAUUUCCAAUGAAGACUGGCAGGAUGAAUUUACUUCGGAUGUCGAGCCUUCGCCGAGAGAUCCCAUCAUUCAAGAGGCUUCCACGUCUGUUGAGACGAAAGCAGCGACACCAAAAACGGAAGCGCCUGAAGCUCCGAAGCCAUCAGAGGAAGAAGAAGGAGAAGAAGAAGAAGAAGAAAGUGCACGAGAGCCGAAAGCCGCCGACGAUUUGCUUGGAGCCGACCUCACCGAUGACGAAUCGGAAUGGAACGGUCUCGGCAUGAAAAAUUAUCAACGACGACGACGGAUAUCGUCGAGAGCAGAAGCUGGAGAAGAAGCUGACGACACAUCGGACAUUGAAUCGUUUGGAAUGGGUCGGGAAGUUGAGAAUCUCAUCAAAGAGAAUUCGGAGCUUCUUGAUAUGAAGAAUGCGCUUAAUAUUGUCAAAAAUGAUUUGAUCAAUCAAGUCGAUGAGCUCAGCAGUGAAAAUAUGAUUCUUCGCGAUGAAAGUCAUAGCAGACAGCUGGUUUGCGAGAAGAUGGCCGAUCAGAUAGGAAAACUUGAAGAGGAACUCAAGCAAGUGAAGCAGAAGCUCGCCGAAAAGGAAAAUGAGCAGGAGGAGGAAGACGUGCCGAUGGCGAUGCGCAAGAGAUUCACAAGAUCUGAAAUGCAGAGAGUUCUAAUGGAUAGAAAUGCGUACAAGGAACGCCUUAUGGAGCUUGAGGAAUCGAUCAAGUGGACCGAAAUGCAGCGUGCCAAGAAAAUUCAGCAGCAGCAACAGGCGAAUCUCAACGCCAAAAAGGGUGGAGGAAUAUGGGACUUCUUCUCCGGUUUAUUUGGUGAUGCUGGAUCCCCGCCGUCUUCUGCUCGAAGUGGGCGCAAUUCAGCACGUGGCAAGAACAUGGCAAGAUCGAUGGAGUACUUUGACCCUGACAUGAUAUCGGAAAGAAGGGCCGCUGAAAGACGCGAACAAUAUAAAUUGGUGCGCGAGCAUGUGAAGAAGGAGGACGGCCGAAUUGAGGCGUAUGGUUGGUCAUUGCCAAAUGUUGAUUCUGACGUGGCAUCUGUACCGGUGCCGGUUUGUUGUCGGCCACUUCUCGAUACGGAACCGUCGUUGAAAGUCUGGUGUGCCACUGGUGUAAUCCUUCGAGGUGGACGAGAUGCUGAUGGACAAUAUAUUGUUGGCGAAACGGUUUAUUUCUCACCGGGAGCGAAAAAAGCGAAAAAAUCGAACACACCCAGUGAACUUGAGGAUGAAAUUAAGCGAGCCCGUAACCUCGAUGCUCGCGAGAGUGAGCUGACCGAAUGGCAAUCGUCCUCAUUGGUUUGGGUGGCUUCGUCGAAUCAAGGCAAAUCGCUGGUCGCCGUUCUCGAUGCCAACAAUCCGAACAAUAUUAUUGAGACGUUUGCGGCUUGCGAUAGUCAUUUGCUAUGCAUUCAAGCGGUUUCGGGUGUCAUGGAAGGCGAUCCCGAAAUGACUGAGGAGAAUGCGAAGAAAUUCAUUUCUGGCGGCGGAAAAGUCAAGGAAUUGCCCGAUGGAAUUGAUGGAGCUGGAUUGGGUGCAUGUGAUUGGGUUGAGCUUCGUAAAAUGGAGGAUUCUGAGGACGGUGUUCCGACAUAUUGCUCGAAUGACAUGAAGCCAAGUCCAAAGCGAACCAGAGAUUUCAGUGUCAGCGAUGUUGCUCCAGUUGAUCCAUCAGCAGCUCCCAAGAUUACAAAAACAAAGUUGGCGCGAACCAACGAGCCGGCGAUUGCCGAAGAGCCUCCAAAGGUGAUUCCGCUGGAAAAAUUGAAAAAUAUUAAAGAAGACGCUGCGUCUCAGCCGCCCCGUGUGAGCAGCGGGCGUUCCGCUCUGCCGCCGCACAUUCGCGAUGCGAUGAGCAAGUAUGAUUCGGUGUCCGGACAAAUGAGCACGGCGUUGCCGACGGUGUGGAUGGGCGGACAAAAUCAAUACAUCUACAUUCACUCGUCGGUAACUGCUUGGAAACAAUGUUUGAGACGAAUCAAAAUGCCGGACGCGGUGUUGAGCAUUGUGCAUUUCAAAGGCCGCAUUUUCGCCGCCCUCGCCAAUGGAACAAUUGCGAUUUUCCACCGAAACAGACAUGGAGAAUGGUCCGAUGAGGGAUAUCAUUCGCUUCGCGUUGGCAAUGCGACGUCGUCUGUUCGCUCAUUAUGCCUUGUUUCUUCCAACAUUUGGGCGACGUACAAGAAUUGCGUUGUUGUCAUCGAUGCAGAGAGCUUACAAAUCGUGAAAGUGUUCUUGGCUCAUCCGCGUAAAGACAGCCAAGUUCGAAACAUGCAAUGGGUCGGUGCUGGAGUUUGGAUCACGAUUCGUCUUGACUCGACUCUUCGACUCUACCACGCGCACACUUUUGAGCAUCUCCAAGACGUCGACAUCGAGCCGUACGUGACAAAAAUGCUCGGCACUUCGAAGCUUGACUUUUCGUACAUGAGAACGACGGCAUUGCUGGUUUCGAAUCGUCGAUUGUGGAUCGGAACUGGAACUGGUGUCGUCAUAUCGGUUCCGUUUACUGAUAAACUUGAGAAAAAGAUUGAAACGAAAGACUUGAAGUCAUCCGUUGGUGGUGGUCCCGGAGGUUUAGUUCGAGUGUACGCGAAACCCGCAGAUUCUGAAAAGGCUGCAAGUCCUUCAAGCAGCGAUGAUUUCAUUCCAUACGUGAACCUUGCGCACGCGCAACUAUCAUUCCACGGCCACAAAGACAGUGUGAAAUUCUUCCUCGGUGUGCCAGGAGCAACGAAAAACGGUGAAGAGGAAUCGGCGGAAGUGUCGGUUCGACGAAUGCUCAUCAUUUCUGGUGGCGAUGGUUACAUCGACUUCCGGAUAGGAGAAGAGAACGAGCCGGAAGUGAAAGCGAGCACGAUCAGACCGCGUGACAUGUCGCACUUGAUCAUUUGGGAGAUCGACGCGGAGUUGCCAAUUUUAUCUAAAUAA